CAAUGGUGGUCUUGGCAAUUAUCAUCGGGGUAUUGCUUCCAUCAAAUCUUCUUUUCUUUCCCAAAAUUCCCAUACUUCUCCUUCUCCGUCGAUAUUACAACAUACACGUAUGUACCAUCCAAUCGAUUAUGGUGCAGAUCCAACAGGAAAAUCAGACAGUACUGAUGCACUCAAUCAAGCAAUUUGGGAUGCCUUCCAGUCAACAGUUAAUGGUCAGUUGAUGGAGGGUAUAACUAAUCUUGGAGGUUCUGAGCUUUUCCUUGAUGGUGGAACAUACAAGAUUAGUCGUCCAUUGCGUCUACCUGAGUUUGGUGGUGGGAAUUUUAUGAUUCAUGGAGGAACACUAAUUGCAUCAAAAGAUUUUCCUACUGAUCGACAUAUGAUUGAAUUAUGGGCAUCAUCAACUUCAAUAUUAUAUGAAGACAUUACACUUAGGGAUCUUAUGGUGAAUUGCAAUUUGAGAGGUGGAGGCAUUGCCAUAAUUAAUUCAUUAAGGACUUUCGUGGAUAAUUGUUAUGUUUCACAUUUUACUACUAAUGCCAUUUUUAUCCAAGGAGGCCAUGAAUCCUACGUUAAAAACUCCUUCAUCGGCCAGCACAUCAAUGCAGGGGGCGACCACCGUGAAAAACAUUUCUCUGGCAUCGGAAUUAACAUUGCUAGCAAUGACAAUGUGAUCACCGAUGUUGUGAUUUUUUCAGCAGCUAUCGGAAUUUUGGUAACAGGUCAAGCAAAUAUACUUACAGGGGUGCACUGUUAUAAUAAGGCUACAGGAUGGGGAGGCACGGGGAUUUAUGUUGCAGCACCAGGUUUUACCCAAAAUCGAAUUGUCAAUUGUUAUUUUGACUUCACUGGAAUUGUGGUGGAGGAUCCGGUGCAACUUCACAUAACUGGCUCUUUCUUUCUUGGCAAUGCAUUCAUUUUGAUCAAAUCAAUAAAGGGAGUUAUUAGCGGAGUCAACAUCGUUGAUAACAUGUUUUCAGGCGAUUAUACUGGAAUCGAAAUAAUUCAGUUGGAUCAAUCAAAUCAAUCCUUCACUAGAAUUGAUCAAGUGGUUAUUGAUAGAAAUAAUGUAAGAGGAAUGGUGCUUAAAUCAACUAUUGCUAAGGGAUCAGUAUGGAGUAACGGAACCACUUGGACCAUUGAUUUUUCUAGAGUGCUAUUAUUUUCAAACUUAAUCAAGAAUGUGCAUUAUACACUUCAUUCAACUUCUAAAUUUCCUAAUCACAUUCUACGUAAUAUAUCAAAUAAUUGUGUAACUGUCGAGUCUGAUAUGCCUAUAUCAGCUACCUUACACGUAUACGUUGACCAGACAAUGGUUGAAUACAUAUAA